AUGCAGCUGCCCUCUUCAGGGUUCUCCACCCGGAAUCUCUGCAACUGCCAGGAGCUGGGCACAGGAUCCAUGUGUAUGAAUAAGCCGUCGACACAGCGGAAGAGGAGACGCGCAGAGUGGUACCAGCUCCCAAAACGUUCUCUGGGAGUCCUCCUGUGGACAAAGCUCAUCAGCGAUGAGGCUGGUCUGCGUGAAGUCUCCGCAUCCGCUGACAGCGGGCCUGAGCGGAGUCCCCUUUCUGCCGCAGGAGAGGAGGAGCAUCCUCCCCAGCAGCGGGAAGGGGGCUCAGGGCCUGGCGUGAACCCUGGAGAGUCAGCGCAGAGUUUCGGUGAAGGAGGGAAGCCGAGCUGGCACUUGCCCGCUCUGGAGCAGGGGUGGGCCCGGGUGCUGUGUCCCAAGAAGAGGAAGGAGGCUUCGUGGGCAAAUCCCCCGCUUCCGUCCGCCGUCCGUCACGUUAUCCUGCAGAGCUGA